GGCGCGGAGCGGGACGAGGAGCGGGGCCUGCCCGGGCUGGGCGGGGUCUGGCUGUGCUCGCGCGUUUACCUGUGUGCGGGUGUGUGUGCACGUGUGUGUGCUGUGCUUGAGCGAGCUGUGCGCCGAAACUGGAGAGCAGCCAUGGACAGAUGAAAAUGAUGUUUAUGGAUUGAUAUUUUGCCCUGAAUCGCAGCCAGCAGUCCCUCCGUGGUCCUUUGUUUUUUGUUUUAUUUACAGCUCUUCUGCUCUUCGCGUUUGCUAAUUGCACGGUUCUGUAUUUUGCAAACUUACUGUUGCCUAGUUACUUCUGUAGCAUUGUGCCCAUCGUGCAGAUCGACCUUCAGGUGCUGCCGAUGUGCACAGCUCGCCAGGACCAUGGCUUCCAUCUCAGAGCGCACCUUCAUUGCCAUCAAGCCUGACGGCGUGCAGCGGGGGCUGGUGGGAGAAAUCAUCCGGCGCUUUGAGCAGAAGGGUUUCAAGCUGGUGGCCAUGAAGCUGACACAUGCCUCUGAGGACCUUCUGAGGGAGCACUACAUCGACCUCAAGGACCGCCCGUUCUAUGACGGCCUGGUGCACUACAUGCACUCCGGGCCUGUUGUAGCUAUGGUGUGGGAGGGUCUUAAUGUGAUUAAGACUGGAAGAGUGAUGCUGGGGGAAACUAAUCCCAUGGAUUCCAAGCCCGGCACUAUUCGUGGCGACCUCUGUGUGCAAGUUGGAAGGAACAUCAUCCAUGGGAGCGAUUCUCUAGAAAGCGCCGAGGCAGAGAUCAACCUAUGGUUCACUCCUGAAGAACUGGUUGACUACAGGAGCUGCGCUCACGAAUGGAUCUACGAGUAGAAGUGAGGCGGCCUUUGGUCUCGUGGCUGUGCUCCAGUUAGCUCCAGUCCUCCACACCACCUCCUGCAAACCUGCUUCACAAACCUGCCAAGUGCUCCGCUGUGAACGCUGAUCGGUGGUUGCUGUUGCUUUGGUUAGAAAACUACCGAGCUGUAGAUAGGAACGUGCUUUAAAAAGCGUCUCGGAUGUUCAUGCGGGUGGUAGAGGUGAAAUUAAAUGGUAGAGAAGCAAAACGUUCCUCGUUAAUAACACAGAAGGCGGCUUCACGAAACGCUUCGCAGCUGCAGGGAGGCAGAGAG